ACCUGACGGAACCUCCUCUCCCACCCACAUGUACACACAGAAACUCUUGCGGGACAAAUGCACAACUCAACCUUGUGCCUCCAAUCGGCUCUGCAUUUGACUCCUAAGCUGAGCAAUUGUUGGGACUGGGAUGAAACAUCCUCAAGGAAACACUUUCUAGAACUGUAAGGAUCCUGCUCUUGGAAAAGACCAGGGAUGCGGAUCCGUGUGGUCCAGAUCUGGGGCUUCUUGAUGACUGUGAUGGGAUGGAUCUUUGUGGCUUGCACCAUGGCCAUGGAAGGCUGGAAGAUCACCUCAGUUGGAGGAAUGGGAGGCUCCUCCAUUCUAAAGGUGGCCUGGUACUGGUCCAGUCUGUGGAGAUCUUGUUUUACAGACUCGACUGCUGUUAGCAACUGCUAUGACUACCCUGUGCUCUGGUCCGUGGAGGGCCACAUCCAGAUUGUGCGAGGCCUGCUGAUGGCUGCUCUCUCCCUGGGCAUGUUGGGCUUUGUGCUCAGCCUGAUGGGCAUGGAGUGCACCUUCAUUGGGGGAAAAGACAGGUCAAAAUAUAAGAAGAUUUACACUGGCGGUUGGUGCCACAUCAUCAGCGGUUUACUGUCCACAAGUGGCUAUGCUGUUUAUGCACAAUACGUGUCAAUAGAAUACUUCAAUCCAAACUUCGAUGGACUGAAGUAUGACCUUGGUACCCCGCUGUUCCUCGGGUGGGUCGGCUCCACCUUUCAAAUGAGCGGUGGUGUCUUCUAUCUGUGGUCGGUUUGCAAGGCGCUCUGUGGACAAGAGCAAACGGUAAUUAUCCGACCAAUACCAGACCCAGAACAUGACCCCAAGACCAAGUCCACCACAGAGCUCUCCUCAGUGUCAGGAAUCACCUCCAAAACCAAAGUGUCCUCUGUGUCUGAGCUGUCAUCAGAACGCUCGGACUUGUCAGCAAUCUCCUCAGCAUCAACAUCUGGAGGCUCGGUCGGGUCAGAGCGUCCAUCGAGGACCAAACAAAUGACCGCUUCUGCCGGGUCUGUGUCAGCCUCAGAGUCCGGCCUCUUGUCCAGGUCCAGUGUGUCGGCAAUGUCAGGGUCAAGCAGUGGAAGCAGUCGGUUGUCGUCGCUUUCAGGCAGCUUGAGGACUGAGAAAGCAUCCUUUCUGAAGAACUCGUACAUUUGAGGGGACCACAGUCAUAUGAAUAACAGAAGUGGAUGUGUGAGCUGCUCUUUUGAUGUUCGCACCUGUGGCAAAGACUGAAAAACAUGAAAUGUCAUCUUUAAUGCUGGAAACCAAGACUUUUAGCAAUUGAGACAAACAAGGUAGCUGAGAAACACAUUAAAGUCUAUUAUUAAACUGCUUGUCUGGGUACAUUAAUCACACUAAUAAUAAAUUGGCUGUGAUGGCAUAAACUGGAACAUCAAGCUCACUAGAAAACCAGAAAUUUAAGUCACAAACAUGUACAAUGUACACUGGUGUCAGGAUUGUGUGCUGCGUUACUGCCAUCUACUUGUUCUCUGUUGCAGCACACGCCUGAACACCUUGAUGAGCUGAUGGUCUAUACCUGCUACUGAUUACUAGAUCUAUUUAAGCUGUGUGUUUACUCAUGUCCGGUGCCAGAUUGUCCCUUUGCUACACCCUGUUAAGCUCCUUCCAGCUUGUUCUCGUGCAUUGUGUUUUUGGCUUUCUGACCCAUGCUAAUCUCUCCUGUAAGUACCUACCUACCUACCUGCUUGACGUUCUCAGCAGUAGUUGGAUUUUUUGGUACUUCUGCUAGUUUUUGUUAGCAGCUCUUUUCGUUACAUGCCCGUAUUUUUCCCUGCUCAGCUCUCCGUGCUAGCAGUGUUUUUUGUUACUAUUCCCACGACUAGGUCCGGAGGUAUUUUCGUUGUACUUUGUUCCUUGUGUUUUGUCAUCCAUUUUUGUAUUAAAGACUUUUUCUGUUACACGGACUUGACUCUGCAUUUUGGAUUCCUGUAUCACGGCCUUGGCCGUUCGUAACACACUGGUGCAUCUAAAUAGUGGAGAUCUGUCAUGAUUACAGCUCAGCAGAAAGGUCCGCU